GGGGGAGGGAUCCUGAGAGGAGUGGUGUGAGUAGUAGAUCUGUACCAGUACAGAGGGAUAGGCCAAUAAGUGAUAUAUUUCGGUAAGAUUGGAUUUUUUGCAUUUAUAGCAAUGGUUAUCAACUGUACUGCAGGGAUAGAAUGUAAGUCUCCGAAAAUGUAGGUUUUGGUGGCAGAUGCAGAGAAGUAUUUGGGUGUGCAAGACUUGACAUCAGACGAAUUACAGGGUGUGUUAAGCAGUGGUGCCCAUCCUUUCAGGUUGUUGGCCUAAGGUAGGACUAAAUAGAUUUAGAAAUAGUGGAGUAGAAUGGUGUUAUUUUUAUAUUUUUCUGAGUGUAGUGUUAAUGGUAGGGUCUGUAUUUAUUUAUUAAAAAAUUCAAGCAAAGUAUAAGGGAGUUGUACUCCAGUCUAGUAGAUGGCGGUAAUGCAACAUUUAUUGGAUACCAACCGCCGUUAAACGUCAUCGAAGAAUCCUAGUUUCUUCAAAAAUGUCUGUUAUUGCCUGCUUCACAGCGGUAUCACACAAAAGAUGCUAGCUAUUUUAUUUUAUUUGAACGUUACGUGAAUGAGUCUGAGGGCAAAAUGUCAACUUACAAUAUGUUCCAGUCAGAAACAACAUCGAUUAUGGCUUUUGUCGUCGAGACUGUAAUGAAAGAAAUUAGCCAUCUUUCAAACGCGCAACACUCGGACGCUAACGACUGCAGUAAACCGGAGAGAGAGCUUUGCACCAUGAUGAAUCUGGUGAUGGGGGAGGCUAUUCGUAAAAUCUGCCAACUAUUCCUAGUGACCUCCUCACGUUUACAAAAUGAAAAUGGGAAACUGAAAACCAAGGUGGAGCAGAUGGAGGAAGAUAUGAAGACAAUAACUGAGAAGGCUGAACAUUAUAGAAUGUCUCUAGCUAAAGUACAGGCACAAGCGGAACCGAAAGGACCCACCCAUGUUCUGCACAAUGGAAUCAUCUUUGCAAUUAAACCACUUGAUCUCCCAGUGUUGCCUGGAAUGACAGCGGGUUCAGCUUUGCCAGGGAAUGUCAGUCAGGCGAACCCUGUCACUAACGCAGCAUCAGUCCGUGCAGGUCCUGCAAAAGUUUGCAGUAAACCCACAGAGACGUCUUCAUUGGAGAAUGACUCCUCUCUGGGAGACACAGAUGGACUGAAUACAGACCCCUCCCCAAGAGACACUGAAUCCAACGUUGAGCAUAUGAGAGCUGCUCUGCCAGGGAGCAACGAGAGAGACGGCCAUGAAAGCCAGAAAAACAGCAAUACUACUAAAGGGACACGAUCCAAAGAAACCAAACGCUUCAAGUGUGAUAUUUGUGAGAAGACCUUCAGCAAGAAAGAGUUGUUGAGAGUUCACAAGUUAACACAUACAAGACCCUUCAAGUGUGAUGUGUGUCAGAAGACCUUCACCAGGAAGGGGUUACUGGAAGCUCACAAGCUAAGUCACACAAGACCCUUCAAGUGUGAUGUUUGUGACAAGGUCUUCAACCUGAACCGCUUGCUGGUACGUCACAAGCUAAUUCACACAGGAGAGAGGCCAUUCGCUUGUGGUCAGUGUGGCAAAACAUUCAGAAUGUCCAAGCAGCUUGAACAUCACAUGUUGCGUCACAGAGAAAAAACGUUCAGUUGCAAAGUUUGCGACAGUAUAUUCCCUGCCAAGAAAGAUCUGACACAACAUCGGCUUGUUCAUGCUUUGGAGAGACCGUUCAAGUGCCUGACUUGUGGAAAGGGUUUCACAUCAAGGGCCGCGCUUAUGGGGCACGAGAGAAUCCACACCGGUGAAAAACCACACAGCUGUGCUGAAUGUGGGAAGAGUUACAGACUGUCUUAUGACCUAAGUAUUCAUAUGCGAAGACAUACAGGUGAACGUCCGCACUUAUGCUCAGAGUGUGGUAAGAGCUUUAUAACUAAAUCCAGCCUUGAAAACCACAAGGUAAUCCAUACAGGGGAGAAGCCAUUUAAAUGUGAGACCUGUGGAGCUGCUUUUGGCCAUAAAGCAAACCUUCAGAGACACCAAGUUCUUCACACAGGGGAGAGACCGUACAAAUGUAAAGUGUGUGGGAAAAGCUACCUUCAGUCCACUGACCUAAAAGCUCACAUGCACCGUCAUGGAGCAACCAAACCAUUUAUGUGUGACCUAUGUGGAAAGACUUUCAUUUACAAUUACCAAAUGAGACAGCACAAUAUAAAAUGGCACACAGCUGAAGGAGAGAACCUUCCUGGGGGAGUUGGAACCUCAACAAAGCCAUUCAGUUGUGAUGUAUGUUUGAACGGCUUCAGCUCCAUGCUAACUCUGAAAAAGCAUCAAGAAAUUCACACAGGACAAAAUCAAUACUCUUGUUCUGUUUGCGGGAAAACCUUUGCCUAUAAAAAUACUUUGGACUAUCACAUGAAACUUCACAGUGGAGAGAAGCCCCAUGAAUGUAAAUACUGUGGAAGAAAAUUCAUUCUUAAGCAAGCUCUCAAAGGACAUGAGCGAACCCAUACAGGUGAAAAGCCCUUCAAAUGCGGUUAUUGUGACAAGACUUUCUCAGUCAACAGCAAUCUCAAAAGGCAUGAGCGAGUCCACACGGGAGAGAAGCCAUUCAAAUGUGACGUCUGCGGGAGAGGUUUCAGCCAAGCCAACAACGUCAAAGCCCACAUGCAAGUCCACACUGGAGUUAGGCCUUAUUAUUGCAAGAGAUGUGGAAAGGGCUUUUCUGACAUAAGACACUACAAAAACCAUAGCUGUAAUGGUGUGGCAGUGACACGCAAUCAGUCUCGUAAACCUUCUGACCGCACUUUCAGAAGUAGGAAAGGAGGUAGAGACAGGAGUGCUUGCCAUAAUGCUGCUGUGAUGUCGACUCAGUGAUAUAUUCUUGAUCAUUCACAGUGGGGCAACUUCCUGCUUUCAGACAUCAGGAACAACAUGGAUGUAUUCAGCAGGGUGAGAAGUUCUCGGGUGAGUUUCUGGAAAGCCUCGUAGGAAAUGAGAGGCAUAUCUGCCGUAAUGCUUGGAGAUUUUGCUAUAAAUCUUAGUCAAUGUUCAUGAGCCCACAUUAUCAUGGAGACGUUGUAUAUUUCUGACUGUGUUCAAUCAUUUACAAUGUGUUUUUUUUUCUGUUGUGUAAAUCCUUAAACACCUAAUUUAUGUGAAAAUAUCAGAACUACACAUUAAUACUUUGUCCAUCAGCUACAUAGGAUCGCUCAAUUAGUUGUUCAGGUGAUUGUCCUGAUUGGGCAAGAAUUUUGAAGGAAUUCUUGUUUUUAAAGGUCCAAUGUUGUUUCUAUGUCAAUAUCAUAUAAUUUCUUGGUAACAAUUGAAGUACCUCAUUUUGCUUGUUUUCAAUUAAAAUGGUCAAAAAUAUAUUUUAAAAUCAC